AUUUGACGAAAAAGUUGACAUUCUCUUGAGGUGCCGAUGGAUUCACAGUCUUGAAUUACGAUCAUGUCCCCUAGAUACACGUUCUAGACAUGUAAAUUCGCGUAUCACUACCAUUUGUCAAGAUGCUUGGGAGAGGAAACUCUAUUUUAAUACAAAAUCUCAGGAAAAAGACCGGUUCUGUUUUUAGACAUCGACUGCAAAGGUAACUUGAUAAAAAUUUGCCUUCUAAAAUAUUUAUGAUAAAUACAGCGAAUAAGCCAAGCCUAAAUGCGAAGAAAACGGAAUGGCAAUAAUUUUUUGAAGAUGAUAAGUUUCAAUAGAUCAUUUUCUUAAUCAUUUAAAGUACUAAUCUGAAAUAGUUGACGAAACGGAGACUUAAGAGGCGCAUGAUGGCCUAGCAGGUCAAGAGAAACCGGCGCAUAUCUCGGACGGCAAGGAACUGGACAAGGUUUUAAAGUGGAUUACAAAUUAUGUUCUUGGAUCAGUUGGGUCAAAUUUAAACAGAUGCAAAAAAAAAUGUUUCAUGGCUCCUUGAAUUCUAAUUUUCACAGAUGCAUGGCCACUCAGGCAUCGUAUGACGUGGUUGUGGUUGGAGGGGGGAUUGUUGGACUGGCGACAGCCAGGGAACUGAUCCACAGACAUCCCACACUAAAGUUUGCUGUUGUAGAGAAAGAGAAUGAACUUUGUAAGUGUCUAACUCCUUUGCACAGCUGUCUGGAGCUCCAGGCAGGAUUCCUACAAAGCUACAUACUUCAUUAUGCAUACAGCUCUUGGAUAAAGAAAACAAUUGUGACAAAAAAAAUAGAUUGCUUUUGGGACUAUGGCUUUGUUUUAGAGCAGUAUGGGGUUUUAUGGGGUUUGAAAGAAAUCUUUCCGAGCUCCAUUUUUCAUUCUCUGUACCUUAACAAGCAAUCAAAAAUAAUACACAUAGUUUUGAAGAGAGUUACUAGGUGACUACAUAUCAAAAGCAUCUCGACUAUGCAAAAUUUUCAAAAGUGAUUAUUUAUCAGCAACCUGAUUCAUAAUGGUAAUAGGAUUGAGUAAAGUCCAAUUUGGUCGGUAGUCACACAAGUGAUUUACAGAAUCAGACAGCUGUGAAGCGAGAGCCCUAUUUGUUAAUCACAAUUAGUAUAUAGUAAUUGGAAAUUGUAAGUGUCAUGCAUGAAAUAAGACGUUGUGAUAGAACACUUCACUUUUCACUGUUUUUUGAUUGGACAAUAUAAGUCCUUGCUGCAUGCUACUAUCGAGCUAUUAUUGUUUAUAUUAUGGAACACUGUUAUGUUAUGGGUUUUUUUGUCUUAAAUGAAACACGAAACUCCCUCAAUGAAUAUGAAGUAAACAAUAUGGGUAACCAGUCAGAUUUUUUUAAUUUCAAGUGCACCAUAUUGUCCAUUAAAUUUACACUUACUUGUAAAAUUUAUAAUUGACAUGCCUUUCAUUUUGCAUCUAGCUGUUCAUCAGUCAGGAAAAAACAGUGGAGUCAUUCACUGUGGUAUAUACUAUACCCCAGGCUCCCUGAAGGCUAAGUUGUGUGUGGAAGGACUGGAACUGAGCUACAAGUAUUGUGAUGAAAAGAAUAUUCCCUAUAAAAAGUGUGGAAAGGUAUGCUUUUGAUGUUUGAGUGGUGAAAUCCCCCAUUUAGUACUUAACCAAUAUGAAGCCUAAGAUGAAAGAGGUACUAAUUUUGUCUUUUUGUUUAACCUUUUAACACCAUGACAUCAGUAUGCUUGAUUCCCCAUACUGUUUUCAAUACAUUUUCUCUUGUAUUGACAAGGAGAAUUUAUUUAAUAAUCAAGAGCUGCUUUAUUUGCUAUCAUUACUUGGAGUGAAAAUUAAGACAAGCAUUUGCCAACAUUCAUCUUUACUUCUCUAGAUAAUUGUAGCAGUGGAAAAGAAAGAGCUACCUCAACUUGAAAAGUUAUAUCAAAGAGGCCUAGAGAAUGGAGUAAAAGAUCUGAAAAUAUUAGACUCAAAACAAAUCAAAGAAGUUGAGCCGUAUUGUGAGGUGAGUAUUCCCUCACCUGAGUUUUUAAAAUUAAAAUUUCAUAGCACCAGGGCAUUUUUUUCUCUUUAUGCUAAUAACAUCAGAACACUUUUUAGUGUAGAAAUGUUGUUUAUCUGAUCAUGAGUUCUUCUAGAUUUUUUUCCUUUUUAUCUUGUCUGCUUUUGUAACAGAAUAUCUGAUAGUACAAGAGAAAAUUAUGUGUUGUACGUUGGUGAAUUUUUUUAAGGGUGUAUCUGCUAUCUUAUCACCAAAUACUGGGAUAGUUGACUGGGCAGAGGUGGCACGAAGUUAUGGAGAAGACUUCAAGAAGGCGGGUGGUGAAAUAUAUACUGGUUAUGAGGUCAGAAGAUAUUCUUGUCUGUAUUUGUUAUUUAUUGCAUCAUGCUUUUGACCCUCAUGAGUGACUUGCAUCUAAUUUCUCCUACAAUAUCACCCUUGAAUCACUCAUUCAAGGUAAUGAGAAUGAAGGAAAUGAUCCCCAAUUUUAAAGGCUCUUGAUUGUUAAACAAAUUCUCCUUGUCAGUAGCAUAGGAAAUGUAUAGAGAAUAGUAUAGAGAAUAUGCAGACUGAUGUUGGGGUGUGAGGGGUAAAGCCUGUCUACAGUGGUGCUAAUUUCAAGGUUUUCAUUGUUUUUUCUCCUGGAUAUGGGACCCAUAGGAAUGAGCAAAUUUUGUGUCAGUAGCAUGGCCUUAGAAGUCUAGGGAACGCAUGCAUCUUCUCAAAGAUGGCAGCCUGAUAAUUAAAUAAUUAUGGCAGACCAAUUGGGGAGUUGUUAAGUGGGAAUGACAGCUCAAUCUUGUUUCAUCGAAUCACAGGAUGGUUGGCUUUUCAUGCAAUCACUUUAUGCACAGUAUAACCAUGAAUUCAUCAUAGUGCCACUUUGAUUUCAGGUGAUUGGUUCAGAAAGGUAUAAGAAAAAUUACAUAAAUUUUGUAAUUUUUGGUGAUAAAUGCUCUACACCCUCUCAUUAGAAUCUGUGUUCUUCAUACUGUUCUCUUUACAUUUCCUAAGACGCUGACAAGGAGAAUUCAUUCAACAAUCAGGAGCUUCUUUAGUUUUGAUCUUAUCCUUAAUUCUUGUGGCCUUAAUGUUUGAUGCAGGGGUAAAUUAAAUGUUAGUCACCCUUGGGGGUUUAAGGGUCAACCUUCUCUUUUUAGGUUACAGAUUUCACAUGUAGUCCUGAAAGCAGUCGUUCCCAAGGAAAAGAAGCAGGUUUGACAGAAUAUUUAAAAUUGGUAUAUGUCUGUACAAAUUUGUCAUGCUGGUGCAGUAUGCUGAAUUUUUGCAAAUUUUUUUCAGCAGGUCACACUCAUCCUGUUACAGUAUGUGGAAAGAAUGUUGUAAGAUAUUGCCUUUUUCCUCUUCUCUUUGUCACGUGUUCACAUUACAAACAUUUUUAUAUUCACAAAACUAUUGACCUUUGCAUAUUGACCUUCUAGGCUUGAAACACACCAAACAGAGAGAUGAAACCAGAUAUUCUUCAACUGAGUGGUGUAUGCAUUGUGCAUACCACAAAGUAAUUUCCUUUUUUCCUUUUCAGUCUCCCCUUAGUUGUCGCUAUGUGGUGACAUGUGGAGGCCUGUACUCAGAUCGCCUGGCAGAGAAGUCUGGUUGUGAAAGUGAUCCAAGAAUUGUUCCAUUCCGAGGGGAAUACCUCAAGUUAAAAGACGAGAAGAGUCAUUUGGUUAAGGGAAACAUCUAUCCAGUGAGUUUCUGUGGCAAAGGGCCCUAAAUAAAUCAAAAAUGAAAAAUUUUCAAGAAUUUUUAAUUCUUUUGUUGUAUAGCUAGGAAGUAGCCCUUGCCUGACAUUUUUUCAAUGAAUGAACUGUUCUGGCCAGUCAGUUCUGACUUAUGGAAGCAUUUUUUUUGUCCUAAAGUUUCCAAUGGUUGAGAUAUUGAAAGAUUUGAAUUAAGGGUAGUAAGGAAAAGAAGUGUUAACCCUUUAACUCCAGUGAGUGACCAAGACAGAAUUUCUCCUUACUAUAUCUGUACAAUACCAUGUAGACAAGUGAUGAGAAUCAAGGAAAAUAUCAAUUAUGGGACUACUAAUUGAUCUGGUACCAAAUUCUCCAAACAAACAUAAUGAUAAUUGUUUGGCAGACAGUAAGGAAAAUUACUAGUGAGAUCUUGGGAGUUAAAGGGUUCAUCCCUUUCAUUCCAACAUGAGUAUCCAUAUUCUCUAUACUCUUUUCUGUACAUUUCCUUUGUCACUGACAAUGAGAAUUUGUGUAACAAUCAAAGCUUUGUAGCUUGGUGAUCAUUUCUUUAUUCUCAUGAUCUUAAUGAAUGAUUCAGCAGUAUUACUGCAGGGAGAAAUAAGAUGCUGGUCACUCUUAUUUUUAAGGGCUAAGUGUGAUUUAUGUGUUCUGCUUUGGUUUUAGUUAACCCUGUAAACCUUAAGAGUGUCUAGCAUCUAAUUUCUCUAUACAAUAUCACUCCUGAAUCACACAUUAAGGUCAUGAAAAUAAAGGAAAUGAUCACCAAUGAAACUUUUUGAUUGGUAAACAAAUUCUCCUUGUCAGCACCUUAGGAAAUGUAUUAAGAACAUUAUGGAGAUUAUACCUACUGAUGGUUAGUAUUUUCCCUCUAGUAUGAUGCUAUAGUAGCAGAUGGUUUCCCAGUAAGCAGAAACACCAGUUCUCCUCAAGGGCUAGUUUGGACCAGUUUACACCUGUCAAGAAGACCCUACUUAUUCAUUUGUUAACUUGAUGUUUUUGUAGGUACCAGACCCCAACUUUCCUUUCCUUGGGGUCCACUUUACUCCGCGCGUUGACGGCAGUGUGUGGCUUGGGCCUAACGCAGUUUUAGCAUUUGCCAGGGAAGGUUACAAACUUACAGAUGUCAAUGUGAAAGACUUAGUGGAUGCCCUGGGCUACCGGUGUGUUGCUUCCCUUCUUUUCCUGAAAAUGUUGCAUCAUUUUUUUCGAUCGACAUCACGGAAUACACGAUCUUUACUUUUUUAUAAAGGACCUUAAAACAUAGUAAAUUUGUUUGAUGAAAUUCAGUUGAUCGCUCUCCACUGGUCCUCAAGCAACUCUCACGCAUCUUUUGUUCCCAAACUUUUGAUUGACUCUUUACACCCUAAUGUCAGUAGGCAAAUUAUCCAUAUUGUUCCCUGUACAUUUUUGAUCGUACCAACAAGGAGAAUUUGUUUAACCCUUUAAGUCCCACUAGUGACGUAGACAGAAUUUCUCCUUACACUAUCAGUACAAUACCAAGGAGACAAGUAAUGAGAAUAAAGAAAAAUAUCAAUUAGUGGAUUAUUGGCUGGUCCGAUUCCAAAUUCUCCACACUAACAUCAUAUGGAUUGUAUGACAGACAGUAAGGAGAAUUACUAAAGAGAUCUUGGGAGUUAAAGGGUUAAGGAAAGGGCUGCUUUGUUUGGUGAUCAUUUCCUUUAAUGUCAGUAACAUUGUAAGGAGAAAUAAGACGCCACUUACUCUCAGGGGUCAAACGGUUAAUGCACCCUGAUGAAUGAACCAACUUUCAAUUAACCAUUUUUUUUGUUUUCCAGGGGUCUAAGGAAACUUAUGUUUAAAUACUUUAUGUUUGGUGUUGGAGAGUAUUAUCGCGGGAUUAUCAUAUCUGCCCAAGUUAAACAGCUUCAGCGAUACGUUCCCAGUCUGAAAUUGGAAGAUGUAGAGAGGUGAGAGACACUGAAUACAAGAUAAUACAAAUUAAAUCAAUCCCCACUGUCGUUAAUGACAUGCAAUCGUUGCGUGACAUUACUUGGAAGAUGUGAAAUCUAUAUGCCACGCGAGGCUAUUUCUAGCGUGUGUCUCUCGCGCGCCUCCUCCUCCGCAACUCUUCUCCCCUGCGCGUUUCUCUCACGGGUUUUCUCUUUCUCACACCCGACACACCUCAAGCACCCGGUGUCUCAGAUCAAAGCAAGCCUAAACCCAUGUAUUUUCUCAACUAAUCGCAGAGGACCAGCAGGAGUUCGUGCCCAGGCGAUGGACCGUGAGGGAAAUUUGGUAGACGAUUUCGUGUUUGACGGAGGAGCAGGGGACAUAGGAAGCCGUGUCCUGCAUGUUAGAAAUGCGCCUUCUCCUGGGGCCACGUCUUCUUUGGCUAUUGCAAAAAUGGUCGCCGAGAAGGUCCAAGAUCGUUUCAAUCUGUAGGAACCUGUUGGGAUCCAAGCCAGUGAAACAAUAAUUCUAUGAUUGCGUUAAAUAAUACAGUUUAGCUCGAAGAUCCUGCAAAAUAUAAGGGCAAAUAACGAGGGGGGGGGGUGUUUCUUAUGAAUAUCACACAGCCGGAUUGGGGGAUUAGG